UUUUAUACAGUAAAAAAAAUGGGAAUAAUUAAUCUAUUGUUAUUUAUUUGCUUAUUGGAAAUGGUCGCGUCUGGUAACGAGAAAAAUUUAUUACCCGAAGAUAAAAAUGGGUUUGGAUUACUCUCGUGGUACUCGAAACAUGAUCGCGUGUACUUGGAUAAUAAUGGAGAACUUUGGUUAUUAUUGCCCUUUCAAUACGAUACCGAGGGUCAAGUUUAUUCCGGCGAAAGAAACUUACUUACACGAACCCCGAAUUUCAUUGAGAACGGUACAGUGACUGUGGGUGAAUCAACACGACCAAAAAGUAAGGUCCGUUUGGACGAGUUCGGAUACUUGUGGAUUAAGUUUCCUUAUCAUUUUUAUCCAGAUGCGAAUCAAGCUCCGAUAAGUGAACGAAAGCAAGUAGAUAAUUAUCAAGCGAAGCCUAUAAAACCUCAUCAUUUAAUUGGCCACGGGUUUAUUAGAUGGAACGGCAAUCAAAAAAUUUAUGGAUACUUGAUCGACGACGGUACAAUGAGACUUGUUAAUCCUCCAUCAAAUAUAUGA